AUUCCUCCAAUCUUCCUUCUCUUGACCUCUCCUUCAAAUUUCGAAAGUCUCUUCCUUCUCUUCGUCGUCUACUCCGGUCCGACUUCCUUGAUAUCUCUUCCGUCUCUGCAAUGGCGGAAGCACCCUCUCCUACUCCCCUGUUGAAGGAUGAACUCGAUAUCGUGAUACCCACCAUCCGGAACCUCGAUUUUCUUGAGAUGUGGAGGCCUUUCUUCCAGCCUUACCAUCUCAUCAUCGUUCAGGAUGGUGAUCCCUCCAAGACCAUCAAAGUUCCUCCGGGGUUCGAUUUCGAUCUCUACAACCGCAACGACAUUAACAGGAUUCUUGGUCCCAAGGCCUCUUGCAUUUCCUUCAAGGACUCUGCCUGCCGUUGCUUCGGCUACAUGGUGUCCAAGAAGAAGUAUAUCUUUACCAUUGAUGAUGACUGCUUUGUUGCGAAGGAUCCAUCUGGCAAACAGAUCAAUGCACUUGAGCAGCACAUCAAGAAUAUUCUCUCCCCAUCCACUCCUUUUUUCUUCAAUACCCUAUAUGAUCCUUACCGAGAUGGUGCAGACUUUGUCCGUGGGUACCCUUUCAGUCUCCGUGAGGGUGUUCCCACAGUUGUUUCCCAUGGCCUUUGGCUCAACAUUCCAGAUUAUGAUGCCCCCACCCAGCUUGUCAAGCCUCUUGAAAGAAACACCAGGUAUGUAGAUGCAGUUAUGACCAUACCUAAGGGCACUUUGUUCCCCAUGUGUGGUAUGAAUCUAGCAUUCAAUCGGGAACUCAUUGGUCCAGCAAUGUACUUUGGACUCAUGGGUGAUGGCCAACCAAUUGGACGCUAUGAUGAUAUGUGGGCUGGUUGGUGCACCAAGGUCAUAUGCGAUCAUUUGGGAUGGGGAAUCAAAACCGGUCUGCCCUACAUCUGGCACAGCAAAGCAAGUAACCCAUUUGUGAACCUGAAGAAAGAAUACAAUGGUAUCUAUUGGCAAGAAGAGAUAAUCCCUUUCUUUCAGUCUCUGACUAUUCCAAUGGAAUGCACCACAGUUCAGAAGUGUUACAUUGAACUCUCCAAGCAGGUUAAGGAAAAGCUUGGGAAAGUAGAUCCCUACUUUGUCAAGCUAGCAGAUGCCAUGGUCACAUGGAUUGAAGCUUGGGAUGAGCUCAACCCAUCUGGGAAUGCUGCUUGAAGUGUACCCAACGGAACUGCAUUAGAAGACCUUGGCUAACAUUCGUCACCACUGUCUUUACCAGUCUGGACUUAGUAAUCGCUUAGCUUUUGGAUGCAAGUUUUUUUUUUUUUUUUGCAGGUGAAUACAUGCAAUUUUUAUUUUUAUUUUUUUUUUUCAUUUGAGUUUAGAACAAUAAGACAUCGGUUCCUAAUUCCUAUAUUGAAAUUUUGUGCAUCACAUGUUUGAUUGAGCAA